CUGCUUGUUGGUUACAUUGUAUUCGCUCCCCUCAGCAUUGAAAGAUAAACAGCCAUUAAGAUAUUAGAGAUUCAGCGAAAUCAAGUCCAGUAAUAAAACUAGUGGAAACCACCGGAAUAUCGGAAUUUACAAUUCGGACUACAGAAAGGAUGUGCUAUAUUUCCAACCAGGCUUGAAACUUAAUUUGAAAUGCCCAUCGUAACCGGUAUAUUUCAUUUUUUUAACAGGAUCUCAACGUGUUUUAGCUGUGCUAUUCCAGUGAAUUGGCAUUUCCUUUUCUCUGCUGUUGGGAUUUCUUGGGAGCGCGUUGAUUGAUUUGUCUGUGAAUUUUAGCACGUUGGGGGUCAUCAAAGUGCUUUUACCUUCACUAUCAGGAUCUAUGGAGUGUACAUAAACAUUCGUUGGAUUGGUGUUGGCAAGUGGGGGCAACAAUGUGGGUUACUGGGAAGGGGAUACCGAGAAGACCCUAAAGCUGCUGUAACCCUUCUCCCACUGCCUCCAGUAGUCUGAGAAGGUCAGACUUAACUGUGGUGCGCCUGGGCCGCUGGCACUAAGAUGUCCCUAAGCAGUGGCACUGCAGGCGGGAAAGGUGUGGACUCUAAUGCGGUGGACACUUAUGACAGCGGUGAUGAAUGGGAUAUAGGUGUUGGCAAUCUGAUCAUUGACCUUGACGCAGACCUAGAAAAGGACAAACUUGAGAUGUCUGGCACUAAAGACGGUGGGGGCAUGGCUGCCCCUCCCAGCGCUGUAGCAGCUCUACCCGACAACAUCAAAUUUGUUAGCCCCGUACUCGCUGCUCAAGGCAAAGAGAGUAAACCCAAAUCCAAGCGAAGUAAGAACUCAAAGGAAAGUGGCAAGGCCUCGGUUACAGAUGGGGCCAAGAAAGACGCCCAGGUGCGAACCCAGGGCGAGGUUAUGGGAUCCGGCAUUGGCACAGGUCCCACAACAAACACCAACUCUGGAAAGGGUGCUGAGAAGAGCAGCAAAGCCUCCCGUAAUGUUCCUAGUGGAAAGAAAGACAAGGAGGUGGGCUCUGGGAAAAGUAAGAAGGAGAAAAGUGAAGUUGUGGCUACAGGAGUGGCUAAUACUGAGAAGGAGAUAGGUGCCCCAAAUCUGCCUUUGGGGGGCCCUCGUAGUGUCCCAUUUGAGGGUACGCAAAAUACAGACUUGGCUGUGGCCGAACCACUUGGGAAUAUCGCCCUGGAUUCCACAGGGAUUGCAGUACCACCGUUAGCAAUUAAAAGUGAUCCAGAAGAGAUGGACAACAGUGAAUGCAGAAACCUGAAGAAAGUGAAAAGUGAAAAGAUGGAGUCUCUGGUCUCCACACCCAGCCCUCCACCCCUCCAUCUCCUGGCGCCGGUGGGCAACCGCAACGAAAGCAUCGCCUCGCCCUGUGAGCAGAUCAUGGUGCGCACUCGUUCAGUGGCGUCCAACACGACAGACGUGGCCCUGGCCACUGAUCCCGAGUGCCUGGGGCCCUGCGAGCCCGGGACCAGCGUCAACCUGGAGGGCAUUGUCUGGCAGGAGACCGAGGAUGGUAUGCUGGUGGUAAACGUGACCUGGAGAAACAAGACCUAUGUGGGAACCCUCCUUGACUGCACAAGGCAUGACUGGGCCCCGCCAAGGUUCUGUGAGUCCCCCACCAGCGACUUGGAGAUGAGGAACGGCCGGGGCCGGGGGAAGAGGAUGAGGCCUAACGGCAACACGCCUGUCAACGAGAACAGCAACUCCUCAGACAAUAAGGGCAGCGGCACCAGCAAGACGCGCGCUGCCAAUAACAGCAGCAAGAGCCGGCGGGGCAGCCAGACGUCGUCGGAGCGCCGCACACCGCCCAACAGCAACACGGAGGAUGUCAAGGCCAGCUCGUCGUCAGCCAACAAGCGCAAGAACAAGCCCGCCUCAGACAUGGAGCCAAACUCCAGCUCUGAGGACACCAAGGGCAGCAAGCGCAUGCGCACCAACUCCAACAGCGGCCCCAGAGGAGUGCCCCACACCGUCCUCCCCAGCAUUCCCUCCAUUAAGGCAGAGCCCCUUCCCCCGCCACAACUCGACCGCAACUGCCCUUCGCCAGUGCUUAUCGACUGCCCGCACCCCAACUGCAACAAGAAAUACAAGCACAUUAACGGCCUCAAGUACCACCAGGCCCGCGCCCACAACGACGAUGACAUGAAGUUGGACAUGGAUGGGGACAGUGAGUACGGAGAGGACUCCACUCUCCACCCCGAUCCGGGCAGCUGCAACGGUGCCUCCAUCUCUCAGAAGGGCUGCUUGUCCCCGGCCCGCUCAGUCACACCCAAGGGCAGGGGCUUCGAGGCCCAGACUCCAUCGCCCUCCUCUGGGAAAUUUGGCUCCAAGCAGAGUAAAAAGAAGCCCUGCGAGGCCGACCCGGAGGCAGUUGGUAUGGCCAUAGACGGCUGCGAAGACGGGCCCUGCCUAACAGAUGAGGCCAGCAAUGACGGCAUGGAUGACAAGAAAGACAGGGCCAAGAAGACGGGUAGCGGCUCCAAGGUGGACAAGCUGGCCCAGAAGGGCAUGAAGUCAGCGCGGCCCAUCACCACUGCCAUACCGGCUCAGCAGUUGUACUCCCUACAGACGGCCGGCGGCUUCCCUGCAGCCAGCCCCGGCUCCACCCCUGCCUUGGGCUCAGUGGUUCAGUCCAUUCCCAAGAGCCCGCAGCUGAAAGCCAUCCAGCCCAAGCCCUCGGCCCCGGGAGACCCCUCGUCUGUGAACCCAGCUCUGAGCGGCUCGAAAGACAAGAAGAAGAAAGACAAGAAGAAGAAAGAGGCGGGAAAGGAGGGAGACAGCCCCAAAGGGCUAGGGAAAGGGGGGAAGCCGGAAGAAGGCAAGAGCCCGUACUCUGAAUCCUCGGACCCGGGGAGCAAAGGUGAUGGACUCCUGAAUGGCUCAUCGGACCCCCACCAGAGCCGGCUGGCCAGCAUCAAGGCAGAGGCGGACAAGAUCUACAGCUUCACUGACAAUGCCCCCAGUCCAUCCAUCGGUGUGGCCAGCAGGAUAGAGGCUGGAGGCAUGGCCCAACCCCUCACCCCACUCCACGUGGUCACGCAGAACGGAGCCGACAAUUCCUCAGUGAAGACCAAUAGCCCGGCCUACUCGGACAUCUCAGAUGCGGGCGAGGACGGUGAAGGCCGGGUGGAGGGCGCCAAAGGCAUCAGGUCCGAGGAGCAGGCCAUCCGAGAGGGUGCCAAGAAGGCCCUGUUCCCCGCCCAAACACCCAGCAAGGAGUCCCCCUACUACCCCGGCUACGAGACCUACUACUCCCCGAACUACGCCAAUCCCAACCCCAGCCCGGGGGUGUCUGUCACGGGGGCCACACUGCAGGAGGGGGCCCAGGUCAAGGUAAAGAAAGAGGAGCAGGAGGAGCCAGGCGAUGAGGACCGUAAGGUCAAGCAGGAGCUGCAGGAGGACCGUAAGCCCGAGACGGGUGCCUCUGGACCGGGGCAACAGCAGCAGGCCUCAGUCAUCCAGCAGCGAUCCAACAUGUACAUGCAGCCUCUCUACUACAACCAGUAUGCCUACGUUCCCCCGUACGCCUACCACCCGGACCAGGCCUACCACAACCACCUGAUGAACACCAACCCAGCCUACCGGCAGCAGUACGACGAGAGGCAGCGGCAGGCAGCAGCCGAGCAGCACCGCGCCGCCGAGAAGAAAUCGGACGCUGCUGGAAAGGACAGGGAUCGAGAGGGCUCCUCGGGGAAGGAGCAGAGUGAGGAAUGGAAGCAGAAGGCUUCGGUGCCCCCCACCCUCUCCAAGGCCCCCAGUCUCACAGAUUUGGGCAAAGGAGGGCUACCCCAGGGCAAGCUGUCCAAAGAUCCCUCGUCUUCUUUGGAGCAGGCCAAGUCAUCGGUCAUCAUGCCCAAGGGUGAGGAUGCCAAGGCGCCGGCCCAGCAGGCCGAGGGGCUGAAGAUGAAGCUGAGCGAGGGAGGUCACCAUGGGAAGAGGGAGGAGCUCAAGGCGGGCAUGGAGUCGGGCAGGCCCUCGGCCAUGGAGCAGGGCAUGUGGUACAGACAGGAGCCUGACUCGAGGCUGUGGCCUUACGUUUACCCCAGCAAGUACCCUGAGGCCCAGAAACCACAGGACGAGGAGCGGUGGAAAGAGGAACGCGACAGGGAACGGGAAAGAGACCGAGAUCGAGCAGACCGAGAGAGGGACAGGGACCGAGACAACCGAGACAGGGAACGGGACCGAGACAGAGACCGAAAGGGCAAGGAGGGCAGGGAUGAGAGGGCUCGGUCCAAAGACGCCACCCCCAAGGAGGAGAGCAAAGAGGGGGCUGAGCCCCGGUCGUCAUUUGCGGCCUCUGAGGAGCACCGGGGGAUGGUGAAGGACCCGAGGGCCACUGCUGCCCACAUGCAGUUCUCCUCUCCCCUGGCCCAGCACCAGGGCUACAUUCCCUACAUGCACGGAGCCUACGGCUACGGCCAGGGCUAUGACCCCAGCCACCCGGGCUACCGCGGGAUGCCCUCGGUCAUGAUGCAGAACUACCCUGGUUCCUACUUCUCCUUCUCUCCCUACGGCAGUAAAAUGGGGCCAGGCGAAGAGGGCGGUGAGAAGGCGUCGCGCGCCAGCCCCACGGUCAGCGGCAAGUCCGCCUCAGAGGCCAAGGCCCUGGACAUCCUUCAUCAGCAUGCCAGCCAGUACAAGAGCAAGUCGCCGACAGUCAGCGACAAGACCCCCUUGCAUGAACGGGAACGGGAGCGCGCCGCUUCCGAACGAGACCGAGACAUAGACCGGCCGCGCUCCUCGCCCUCGCAGCGCAUCCUGCCUUCCCAUCACCACCUGGGCUACCCGCUUCUCUCGGGGCAGUACGACCUGUCCUAUGCCACGGGUCUCUCCUCAUCAGCCAUUGUUGCCAGUCAGCAAGCCUCCGCCCCCUCCAUGUACCCCCCUGCACGGAGGUGAGAAUGGGAGACCUGAUUGGCUGACCUCAACCUUGCCUGGAGCCAUGUGACUGGAUCACAUAAGGAAGCGUGCUGCGGCGCUCGUUUUUUAAACAUCAGUUCAAUGGUGUUUGUUGUACUUUUAGUUGAUUUUGCCUGGUUGUUCCGGCUGAUCUGGUUCCUCCUCCCUCAGCUUCAUUGAUGGUCACACCCACAGCAAGGCUUCCUGUGGCUUGGUUGAGGGCUCACCAAGCCCACCUUCUCUGGUACCGCACGGCCAACCAACCAACCAGCCAGCCAGUCCAUUGACUCCUUUGCACUGCUGAGACAUUCACAGGAAGGACUAAAAGGCCCGGAAUAAGGCCUGAUGAGACUGGCACGUUCUGAUGGGGUGAGGCCCAUCGACGGCCAUUUUGGAACUAGAGAGUGCAAAAAGGAGAGGAGGUUGAUCAGAAACAAACUGGAUUAAGUUUGAAAUCACUACAUGGAAAUAUGGACUUAAUGGAUUGUUCACGGAUCCUGGACCUUAGCGUAGUAGAGUUGCAGCUUAACUUGAGGAAGUGGGUUGUUUCGUCCAUCCACCAACCUACCCACUGACCCUGAGGACAUCUUGAGACCUUCAUUGCAAUGGACCCAUUUCUUUUUCGGUUAUGUCUUUUAUUGGGGGGGGGUUGUUGUUUGGGCCAGAGGAGGGACCUACUGGUGUCCCCAUCCCUCUCCACCACUCUGGGCUUUCUAUGCAAGCCGAAGCUGCUCAUCUCCAUACACUGACAGAAACAGUCCUCCUCUCUGUCUGUUCAGUUUCAGGGGGAGGAACUUUCAAGUUCACAAUGUUUUUGUUUUUUUGUGAAAAGUCAUCAUCCGCCUACUUGAGUUUGUUCAAAGAGUAAACAAUAUCCGUGUUAGUUUUUUUUGUGCUUUUUUUUUUGUAUGAGGCUUUUGUGCGGCGUUCGUUCCACGUCUUGGCUUGACUACCUUGUUUCCAUCUCACUCUGACCCAGUAAGGAAACUCACUUGGCUGUUUGCCGCUGCUUCGAACACUACUGGCCUCUCUCAGUGGUGUCGGAGGCGGCAGCUGUGUCACGGUUUUCCUUUUCCAAAGGGUCAUCCAGUUUACAAAGCAGCACCAAUGCAUCCGCUACGGCUACAGCUCCCAGCUGCUCAGUGAGGGCCCCGCCUUAGGGGGAGAGGACAUAUCUGUGCCAGAAGGUAUUUUGGCUCCGAGAGAGAAGAGGAACGGAGGGGGAGGAGAGGAGUACAGAUGCACCAUUCAGGGGCUCUCCAAGCUCUGUGACCCGGAAAGGGAAGGAGAAAGAUGCACUGAUCGGAAAGGCCGUCUGGAUUCUUCAGAUGCGGCCUCUGGUUCUAUAGAACCAUCUAUCCAAGCCAUCCAUCCUCACUGGACACUGCAGAGGCUGGAAGAGGAGAGAGGGUCCAUAGAGCCAUCCAUCCAGCUCUUACAGUACAUAUGGCAUUUGUUUUGGCUGUUGUGGGCCCCAAGUGUCAGUUUGUGGACAUGGAAGCUGUCUGGGACCCACAGGACUUUGUAUGUGAACAGUUGGCAACUGUCUGCAAGCCACAAUCUGGCUACUGCUGCUAGUCUCUCACCAAACUGCAUCAUGGGAUGGCUGCAGUCCUCCCUCAUCAGUGGACAUCGAAGAACACAGAGGGAGGCUCUCUCCAGAGCUGUCAAUGGAUGCUCAGUGGAUAUGGCAGCUGCUGCACUCGCUCUCCCUCUGAUCUAGUGUGUAGUGCUGGAGAGACGGGCAGCUCACUCCUGUAUAUUUAUUAGAGUACUCAUAGUCACGGAGUGCUGUGUUACUGGGGUUGGCACAUGCCCCUGUACUAUAUUGGGUGAAUGAAAGCAAUUGCAAAAUGGAAUCUCUCCUGCGGGCCCACAUCCCCUCCCAUCAUAUCUCUCUCUCCUUUCCAACUAUCUCUGUCGUGUGUGUGUGCCUGCAUGGUGUAAGACGGCACUGUAACGCGUUAGCCCAACACAUAGUCCUUCCCAGCGGAGCAAGCCGUGUGCACGUUUGCUUUGGGACACUUCCUAUCAGCUCCCUCCCGCCCUUCUCUCUCUCUCUCUCUCUUUCCCCACACGCACUCACUAUUGUGGUUUUCUGUAUAUAGUGUACAGAGGAAUUAUUUUAAAAAGGUUUGUUCGAUGCUAUUGAAAAAAUGUCCUACUUUCUUUUUUCUUUUUUUUUUGGUCUGUUAGCCUUCUCUUUUUUUCCCCUAACAUUCUUGAUAUAAUAUGACAAACUGUAGCUGACGUAACAGCUUUAGAAUUGAAGUGUUGUGAUAAUUUUUUUCCCUCCCUCCCUGGACCUCACCCCUUCAGAAGCUUGUUGUCCCCCCUCGAAGCCCACGACGCCAUUUUAGUCCCUUCUUCGCGCACGUUCCCAAGCCACCUCAAGGAAUACAUUGCCAACAUGUCAUUGUAACCUUCACCCCUUUGUUGUCGUUGUUUUUUCGGUUUCCACGAGAUGCCGAUCGUGAAUGCAGUUUCUUGGCUGGGGAAGUUGGUACAUGAUUACUUUCUGCCACGACAGACAAAGUAGAGGACGGGAGCGAGACAGGCUGAGAGCAGAGCUGCUGUCCAGAAGGUUUGAUAGAGAGGUAAAAACACAGCAGAUUCUCCCACCCGGUCCAUCCCUCUCCCAUUUAAUGGUGCCCAUCGAUCCCAACACCGCCGCACAGCGCCCGCCCCCGCCCACUAAAAACAGUCAAUCUGAUUCGCUCUGAUGCUUUUAUUACCCUUCAUGGAUCCGGCUUGCUCGGGAGCGCAGCACGGAAAGUAUGAAAUAAUCAAUUUGAUUAGUGGUUUUUGUAUUGUUUUUUUUACUGGGCACAGGGGAGGGUAUUUUACAUUCACCAUUUAGCAGGUUUUACUAUAUCAUUUCUUCCAGCCUAGCCAAUUGUCCUCAUCUGCUUGCAUGCUCCUCCCCUAUAUCAAGGUGUUUUGGUACUUCCUUUAUACACUAUGUUUUUCCAUGUGCUAACUUCCUACUGUACCACUGGUCGGUAUAGUCUAAUAGUAGAUCCUUCCCUCUUCACCAUUCAUAGUGACAGUAGUGGUAGGUGGAUUGUUUGUCCAGAUCUGCAAUAGAUUAACUAGCAAUCAUACCACACCAAAAAAAUCAUUCAGAGCUGCACCAAUUUUCUAUAUAAAUCCACAAGAACAUAGAGGAAUAGCUGAUAGGCAGCGGAGAGGCCAGGUGUGUCAUUGCGCAUGAAAGAACAGUGAGCACAUGAAGCUCCCCUAUAGAUCUUGUUUAGGAACAAUACAAUGAUUCUACCCUAGACUAGCCUACAACGCCACAAUGCAUUGAAUAAUUGCAUUAAUGUUUUCAAGUGACUACAACAUUCCACUCUAGGCUGUAAACUGUAGUGGAAAUGUAAUUUCAAUAACAGUGCAAAAUCCCUGUUUAAAUGAAUGUUUUCAUUCCAUUUGGAUCAGCUGUGGAUCUAGAAAAGCACAGUAGCAGGCCAGUCUAGCUAUAUUUUUUCCUUCUGAUACCGAAUGGGCUGUCUGUUGCAGAUCAUCAUUCUCCCAAGUGGUCCUAUAAUAAUGUAGCCACAUAGGCCUAUGCUCCCAGCAGGCCCAGUGAUUCCGGAAAGAUUAACCUGCGUUCUGCCUCCUCUCUGAUCCGAACGGCUAUUCCUCGUGCAACUAGAACCAUAGCGCUUCAAUAUAGCCUAAAUAUUUGUCAUUUCAUUUUUAUGUAUGGCAUGAACACAACCGGUCACAACGUUUUAAUCUGAUUAGGCUACAUCAAAGGUCUCCCGUAGGCUGCCUUUGCACGUCGGUCCACUCUGAUAUAAUUCCGGCAUCCGAACUGUGCACGGGCUAUUUUUCAUUUUAUUUAACCUUUUCUUUAAGUAGACAAGUCAGUUAAGAACAAAUUCUUAUUUACAAUGACUGCCUACCCCCGAAACGGACGAUGCUUGGCCAAUUGUACGCUGCCCCAUUGGACUCUCAAUCACGGCCAGUUGUGAUACACCCUGGAAUUGAACCAGGGUCUGUAGUGAUGCCUCUAGCACUGAGAUGCAGUGCCUUAGACCCCUGCGCCACUCAGGAGCCCAUUUGAGGACUAGAAAGAGCCAUCUGUUACAAAACACCAAAAUGUUUAAUAACAUUCGGAGAUUGUCAAGCCAAGCCUUCGAUACUGGGUACAACGUAGGGAGGGAUGUGUUUUCUGUUUGUCGAGAUUGACAUAAUCCAUUUAAUUUUGGUGUUGAAAACACAAAACAUGAUGUUGAAGGGCCCAAAAUUGGUAAUCCGUGUGCAGUUAUGCUUUGCUUAUUGGUUGCAUUGGCACAGAAACCUGUUGUUGGAAAAUUAGUUUUUAUAUUUUUUUAUAUAUUUUUUCUAUAAAUAUAGCAUCAAAAUGUUGAAAAUCUGAUUUCCCCCUAGCUGAUCAUUGUCUGCCGGACUCUGAUUGUAGUGUAAUGAGACCGGCAGGGAGAAUCUAGUCCGUGGUGGUCGGAAAACCCUGAACCUUCUGGCCCGUAGCCCUGCGUGACAUCGACUGUGACGCAAAUGUGGUGAAGUCGAUAUCCCCGUUUAUAAAGACGGAUCGCUACAGUUAUUAUUAUUUGUGGUUGUAAUCUUUUAAUGGUUGUGUUAUUUCAAGGGUGUGCGCAUUUUUUUCUAAAGUACAAGGUGAGUGUCGUGAAAAGUUGUUUUUUUACGUGGGGGGGGGUGCAUUUUUCUCUCACCACAUGACUGUUAAUACUCAGCCAUGAUUGGACACUGGCACAGAUUUUUCUGCUGUUGACAUGUGUCCAUAAUACAAUGGGGGAGGAGUUAGUGUUUUGGUUUUAAUCCGUCUGUACAGAGUGAGACGGAAGGUGGGUGAGGUCAUAUAGUAAUAAUGUCGUUUUCUGCUGUUCUACGUCUCAUUGUUAAACCAGAUUCCCUGUGCUGGUGUCAGGCUGUUAAAAAUGAUGAGGGGAAGGGGAAAAAAGCACUUGAUUUUAUUUUUUAAGAAUCUAGUUUUGCGGAUCUUUUUUUUUAGUACGUUGACACCCGCCAGCCAGAGAAAUGACUUGUUGAUCAUACUCCCACGGGCAGCCAUGGUUGAGGCGUCGUCUCAAAUGGUGCUUGGGUAGCCGAUCCUUGUGUUCCUCCCGCCGGGGGAGGAGGGAAUGUUCUUGUGUGGGAUGUCCUCUUCCUGUUCUCUAUUCAUAACCCUGCCCCCUAAACCUCUCCUGCUCCAUCACACUCAGCCCCGCCCCCAGAGCAGUGGCUCGGUAUCAGUCAUCGGUACUUGAAAGAAAGAUGUUUACAGCUUCUUCUUUUUUUAUUGCUAUGUUUUGUUUUGGUUCAUCCCCCACCUCUUCUCCUCCCCCACUGUCCUUUCCCCAAGGGUUUCUCUCUUGUGUAAAGUGUACAUUGCCACAUUUCUUUUUUUUUUAUAUACAAUACUGUAACUUGCCUUUGUACAUUUAGGCAAAAAAUAAACCUUUCUAUGAGACAAUCA